AUGGCGCCCGUGCACAGAGUAGCCGUUAUACAGUGGCAUAUCAAAAACCUCGACCCAGAAUACAACCACUCCCAAGCCAUCAAGCACAUCACCUCUGCCGCCGCCGAUGGUGCCACACUUGCUGUUCUACCAGAAUACCAUCUCUGCGGAUGGGCCCCGGAGUCACCAGAAUUCUACACACAAGCCUUCCAAAACCAGCCCUACCUCGACGCUUACUGCCGCCUAGCAGAAAAACUACAGAUCAACAUCGUCCCGGGCACAAUCAUCGAAGCCGAACCGAAGAACCCCGCUGCCACAAACGAAACAGAAAAAGACCACGCCCUCUACAACACCGCCUACUUCAUCUCCUCUUCCGGCACCAUCCUCGGGAAAUAUCGCAAAAAGAAUAUAUGGCACCCGGAACGCCCACACCUCACAUCCAGCAGCACCGACCCGCACGAAGUCCUUGACACCCCAGUCGGCAAAAUCGGCAUGCUGAUCUGCUGGGACCUCGCAUUCCCCGAAGCAUUUCGCGAAUUGAUUGCAAAGGGCGCAGAGAUCAUCAUCAUACCCACCUACUGGGGCAAACACGACGCAAACGAGGAGGCCUUACGACUCAACCCAAAUACUGAGCAGCUCUUCAUUGAGUCGACGCUUACGUCGCGCUGUUUUGAGAAUACGUGCGCAAUCGUGUUUGCGAAUGCGGCGGGGCCGGCGGAUUUCUUUCUGGGGAUGUCGAGGGUUGUGGUGCCGUUUAUUGGACCCGUGGGAGAUAAGAAAAGUAUGGAGGCUGAAGAGGAAGGGGCGAUGGUAGUGGAUUUGGAUUUGUCGGUGCUCACGUUGGCGGAGGAGAAUUACAAGGUUAGACAAGAUAUGGCGUCGGAGGGUUGGCAUUAUAGUUAUCGACAUGAUGCGGUUGAUAAGAGGCCUGCUGAGAAAGCCUGA